AUGGACGCGGAGAGCGGCGGCGGCGCGGCGAGGACGCCGGCGCGGAGGAAGCGGCCGUGGAGCGCGGAGCUUCUGCUGGCGUACCAGAGCCUCGGGGUGGUGUACGGCGACGUGGCCACGGCGCCGCUCUACGUCUUCAAGAGCGCCUUCGCCGGCGGGGACAUCGAGCAUUCCGCGGGGAACGAGGAGAUCUACGGCGUGCUCUCCCUCGUCUUCUGGACGUUGACCCUCAUCCCGCUCCUCAAGUAUGUCUUCCUCGUGCUCCGCGCCGACGACCACGGCGAGGGCGGCACCUUCGCGCUCUACUCCCUCAUCUGCCGCCGCGUCCGCGCCGGCCUCCUCCCCGGCGGCGGCGGCGACCUUGCGGUGCAACCGCACGAGGGCGCGGCGCCGGCGCCUGCGCUCCGCCUCUCGAGCGUGCGCGCCGCCCUGGAGCGGCACAGGGUCCUGCAGAGACUGCUGCUCCUGCUCGCCCUCCUCGGGACCUGCAUGGUCAUCGGCGACGGCGUGCUCACCCCUGCCGUCUCCGUGAUCUCGGCGGUGUCCGGGCUCGAGCUCUCGCUGGACAAUAAGCAGCACGAAUAUAUACUGCUACCGGUAACGUGCGCUAUACUGGUGGGCUUGUUCACCCUGCAGCACUACGGCACGCACAGGGUCGGCUUCAUUUUUGCGCCUAUCGUCUGCUUGUGGCUUCUCUGCAUCAGCGCCAUAGGGGUCUACAACAUCAUCCACUGGAAUCCGCAUGUGUACCGAGCUCUUUCGCCAUACUACAUGUACAAAUUUCUUCAGAAGACUCAAACAGGUGGCUGGAUGUCACUGGGUGGGAUCCUUCUAUGUGUAACCGGGUCUGAAGCUAUGUAUGCGGACCUUGGACAUUUUUCACAGUCUUCGAUUAAGAUAGCUUUCACAUCUUUAGUUUACCCAGCUCUAAUACUGGCAUAUAUGGGACAAGCUGCUUACAUUUCAAGACAUCACAAUUUCGAGAAUAUUAAUCAUAUUGGAUUCUACGUAUCCGUCCCAGAAAAAAUCAGAUGGCCUGUUCUGGUGAUUGCAAUUCUCGCAGCCGUUGUCGGGAGCCAAGCAGUUAUUACUGGCACAUUCUCAAUUAUCAAACAGUGCUGUUCAUUAAAUUGCUUCCCUAGGGUGAAGAUUGUGCAUACAUCCUCUACAGUACAUGGCCAGAUAUACAUACCAGAGAUCAAUUGGAUCUUGAUGAUACUAUGCCUUGCUGUUACUAUAGGCUUCAGAGAUACGAAGCAUUUGACAAAUGCACAAGGUUUGGCGAUCAUAACUGUUAUGCUCGUCACAACUUGCUUGAUGUCACUGGUUAUAGUCCUUUGCUGGAACAAGAACAUAGUGUAUUCCCUCGGGUUCCUUUUUUUCUUUGGUGCAAUUGAAGUUCUUUACUUCUCAGCAUCCCUUGUCAAAUUUCGCGAAGGGGCUUGGGUACCCAUCACCCUGUCCUUCAUUUUCAUGAUGGUGAUGUGCGUGUGGCACUAUGGUACCAUAAAGAAGUAUGAUUUUGAUGUCCAAAACAAGGUCUCUAUAAGUUGGUUCUUGAAUCUUGGCCCUUCCUUGGGGAUUGUUCGGGUCCGAGGCAUUGGGCUGAUACAUACAGACAUUAUGUCUGGUAUUCCAGCCAUUUUCUCUCACUUUGUCACCAAUCUGCCUGCAUUUCAUCAGGUUCUGGUCUUUCUAUGCAUUAAAUCAGUACAUGUACCACAUAUCCGACCUGAAGAGCGAUUUUGGGUUGGUCGCAUUGGCCCCAAACAAUAUCGUAUUUACAGAGUGGUUGUCCGAUAUGGAUACCGCGAUGUGCCUAAGGAUGAUAUAGAGUUUGAGAAGGACCUAGUCGGCAGCAUUGCAGAAUUCAUCCGUUGUGGAGACUCUGACGAUCAAAAUGGCUCUCUAGACGGUGCCGCAGACUACUCCUUGGAGAGACUGUCUUCCAUCAGCAAAGGUCUAACAUUUCAGGAGGAGGGCAGUGAGAUUAAUGGAUCAGAUUCGUCGAUACUAUCCCCAGAUAACGAGAUAUACCAGAACGCGAUAGCGCCAAAGGCCAAGAGGGUAAGGUUUGUGCUUCCAAAGGGUGCCCAGAUUGACACCGAGGUGCGCAGUGAGCUGCAGGAACUGUCAGAUGCUAGAGAGGCAGGCAUGUCUUUCAUCAUGGGACGAGCGCACAUGAAGGCAAAAAGUGGGUCUGGUCUGGUAAAGCGGAUCACGAUAAACUUCAUCUAUGAAUUCCUGAGAAGGAACAGCCGAGGUUCUGUAACUGCAGCUAACAUACCUCAUGCUUCGAGUUUAGAAGUAGGGAUGGUGUGCCAGGUCUGAUAUGAUGUCACCACCACGGUUAGUUGUUCAUAUAUCCGUGUAAAUAUGUAUAUCCUAACAAGAAGAGGUAUAGAGGAUUCAUGAAGCAGGGCACCGUUCACCGAAAAUUGUAGAGCAGAAGUAUGCAUAGUUUUCUCUUAGAUGUCUUAUGUUGAGCUGAUCUUUGUUUUGGCUCUUUGAUAA